CACCCCCUCUUUUUUUGCCCCCAGCUGGCUUUCUUGGCGGGCAUUACAACCCACACCACCAACCCACUCCUCCCACUCCAAUGUGCACUCAUCAAUAACAGCUUCAAUCCAGAGUGCAGUCCACAGCAGCAGCAACAACAACAACGUCAAGGCGUCAAAGAGCAGCGUUCAAGGCAACGCCCAGGGGAUCAAAACAAUACCAAGCGCUGGGCAACCUUGCAGCGAUCGGCCCGGAUCAAAUACAAGACGUAACUGAAACUCUUAUCCUGGAUUUGUUGACAUCAUUCAACCCACUCCAGCAACAACAAUGGACGAGGACAUUGUCCCGGCCUCACCCCCCGCCGUCGACACGGGCAACAGCGACAGCAAUGCAGCUGCAGGGCCCUCGACACUGCCGCCUCCCAAGGCCUCGUGGGGCGAGAAGCCGCUCCCACGCGCAACGUACCGCUCGAUCGAGUACCCCGGCCCGGUGGCCUACCCCGACCUGAUCCACACCGUCAUCCGCCCGCUCGACAUUGAAGAGUGCUUCAACGCCAACAUUGCCGACGCGCGCCAGCUCGAGAUGCGCUACCGCGGCGCUGGUCCAGAGGCAGAGCGCUCGGCCGUGCCGGUGCGCGGCACGCGUGUCGCGAGCCAGAAGAUGCUCGUCAAGCUCACCAAGCGGAGGAAGAAGGCCCUCCCUGGCCAGACGCAGCCGCCAGGCGGGGAAGGCGUCUUCACCGUCGAUGUCAUCGGGUCUAUCCCCCAGACGGUCCGCUUCAGGUCCAUGGCGGACUACCAGUUCACACCGGCAAAGGACACUGGGAUCGCCGAGCUCACGCAGGCGCUCGACGAGCUGGAUUACCACACCAUUCUGUCGUACAAGUUCCCGCAACUCAACGAGGACUUUAUCGCGCCGACAACGCCAGAUGAGGAUGGGGAGGCUCCGCCGUUCCCCUUCCGCUCGCUGCUCGAGCUGCAGCCUACACCAGUCGCUAGCAACCGUCACUUGCCGACGAAUUUCACAUACCGCAACAGCUCGCAUGCGGUAGUGGAGCGGAUCUGGGACGACGAGCUCGGAGCUUACAAGGACCGCCUGGUCAACAAGUCGCGCAAGAGCGGCUGGGCGAUGGUCACCAUUGGCUCAUCGCACCCUGUCCCGACCCAGCCUGAGGAGGGUAUCCGGCAGCACAUUCCCAAGCUCGACAAGCGGAUUUUCAGCCGUCUGCAAGAGCUGUUGAACGAGCGGCCAGUGUGGAUGCGCUAUAGUCUGCUUGCCCAGUUCUCGGACGCAGACCGAUAUGAGAUUGAGAGCAACAAGAUGUACCUCCCAGCCGUCGCAUUCACCUACGGCGCCGGCCCGUUCUGGAAGACGCUCGUUCGCUGGGGUUACGAUCCAUGCAGCGACCCAGCAGCGCACAAAUACCAACGCGUGUACAUCUACCUCGACGUCAAGCGCGGGCGAAACAAUGUUCUCAAUGCCCCCGCUGAGGAGGUUGACGAGGAGGAGGCCAAGCGCCCAUCGUUCUGGUGGGAGACGGAGCAGGAGCGGCGUAUUGCCGAGGGCCUGCGUCCGCCCAUGGACAAGGCCAAGAGCUAUCUCUUCGACGGAGAGAUCCUGCACCGCAACAAGCCAGACUACCAGCUUAUCGAUAUCACCGACCCUGUGAUUUUACCCUUCAUCUACGACCCAAUGGGUCUGCACGACACAUGUGAUCCACACAGCGGAUGGUACCGCCGCUCGUCGUUUGAGCUCAUCAAGAUGCUGCUCCGCGUGAGGUACAUGUACCUGCGUGACACGAACGAGCCGGCACCCGAGUCGUCGUACCGCGACGUGAUUGACGCGUUUGAGAACGCGGUCGAGGAGGGCCAGGACCCCGAGGCGAUCGAGGGCCUGAUGCGCCGCAUGGGAGCGCUCCGUCGCCAGCGGGAUCGCGAGCGGGGCACCGAGGCGCCGUAG